CAGGAGCACUUCUAGUUUCCAAAUCCACAGAGUUUACAUUCUCAUUCUGCAGCCUUUGGAGUGGUCUAUCAGCCUAAAUCCAAUCCGUUUUCCAUAUAGGGUAUACAUAUAGCAUAUUUAUGAUAAAUGAUAUGAUACAUCGAAAAUCCUGUAUUAAUACCGGUCAUAGCAUUAGCUUGUGCAAUUCAAUUAGUGUGGGCCAAUGAAUCAACUGAAAAGCCACAAACAGUGGGAAUAUCAACGCUGACACAAAGUAACACCAGAGAGGGUUCUCUUAACACAAUUGUAUCGACGUUUCUACCAAUCAAACAUUGUAUCCACCAACAAAGUGAUGUCAUUUGUCCCCGCGCUCAAUCGGCGUGCAACGUUUUUCCCGCGCCAGAUUUUCAACUGGUGACUUUACACCAUGCGUAGCUAUUUCAGACGAAGCUAAACUAGCUUUCAUGACUAUAUUUACACAUAUUUCAAAACGUUUGAAACCAACAUUUUGAGGCAAAAGAAGGAUUUUUAAUUUGAUAGCCUAUUCUGUUUGAAAAUAGGUCAGUAAAAUUGAUUUCACACCUGGCACUAGAUUGUUAACAGUGGUUAGCUGUUAGCUAGCUAAUGGUAGCAAGCAUAUACAGUAGGCUAAAGUUGUCAUUUGAACCAGUUCUUUGGCACAUUUAUUUUCUUUAUUGACAACCAGCAAGAAAUGGCAAUGCACAAGGGACAUGCUCAGAAAGGCAAAGCAAAAGGCACUAUAACCAACUCAGGCAAACCCUAUAUGGAGGACUUCAAUGAGAGUUUCAACAAUGAAAACCUGCCAGUAGUUGAGGCAGAGGCUUUGAGAGGAAGGAAACAUAUGUCAGAGCCAGAUGAUGAUAUUGACAUCACCAAAGGAGGGGAUAUGAUGACCAUGUUGGACAGAUUUGGAGCGGACAUCAACAAAGCCUUCCUGGCAAAACGCAAACGUUUGAAAACGUCCACUAAGUCCUCUGUGAAGACUAGCCAUCAGAAGAUUGAGCAGUUAUGGAGGGUCCAACAAAGAGACAGGAGUAAAGUGACAGAAGAUUACUGCACCCAGUUCAAUGCAGUCUUCAGUCAGUGGGACACAGAUGUGCAGAAGUCCAAGGAUAAUGAGGAGAAACUACUGAGUAUGUUCCAGCACCCGCAGAAGAUGUUUCAGCACAAGAGGGCCUCCCAGAGACUGAAGACUCUCAAGCAGCUGCUGGAGCAGUACAUCCAAAGCCUUGAUACGAUGGAGAAGACCCAUGUCAGCCAGCAGGGUGCUGCACAGGGCGAGCUGCGCCAGGAGAUGGCACUGUUUCAGAAAAAGAUUCUCAGUGACACAGUAAGUAAAAGGACAGAUCAAUUUACUAACUCAUUGUCCACGUGCCUUACGAUGGUUGACCCCUUUGCUUAGCUGAAGCGUUGCUAAGAAUACAAAUUGAUAUGUGCCAUUUUAAAAUAUUAGUGUACUAUGGGCAUGAGCACUAUGAGCAUGAACUGAGCUAUUUAGAAAAUACUUGGUAAGUGAUGGUAAGUUGGUAAAUGAUGGUAAGUUGGUGGUUGAAGAUAUCCCUCUAGUGGUGUGGGGGCUGUGCUUUGGCAAAGU